AUGGGGAAGAGGGAGAAUAAGGCCGGCGAAUUGGGAGAUGAGAGCGAGGGAGGAGACGAGAAAACGUUCGAGGAAGGAGUUUGGGAUACCCACCCACGUCUACGUCGUCGUCAGUGGACUGAUACGCAAAAUUCGCUCGCCAUAAAGUAUCGCCACUACUUGGAUGUAGGGUUUGGGUUCGAUCGACCGACCACGCCGUCCGAGGUGGUUGAUUGCUGCUGCGGCGACCACGCCCAAGAGGAUCUCACCCGCGUCGUCCAAGCGCGGCCAUUAUGUCGGAUCCGGCGCCGUUCUGGGCUUGGAAGCCCUCAUGGUACUGCAAGAAAGUUCUACAAGUCUCAAGAUACAAGACAUGCAUCUAUGAGGACAUUAGGCAUUGCUUGCUCGCCAGAUGUGCAACAGAAGUGGACUGAGGACAGGAAAUAUGACCCACGUCUUGAAGAUGUAAGAGAGAACUGAGACAUGGUCAAACCUACUCCAUCUGUGGAUCACUGUUGCUGAUAUUUUUGCCAGCUGUGCGAGGUGGUACUGUUGCUACUGGGCUUGUAGAUUAUGUCUGUUUUGGGCCCUUUGCAACAGGAAGAACCUACUUGAGGAAGAGUGAUUUGGUUGUGGUGAAUCUGGACUAUCCAAUUGAACUGGUUGAUUCUAACAUCUGAGUUCAGUGGGAUGUCAAGUGUCAAUUAGUGUAUGCUUAUAGAAUUCUACUUUUCUAUACUGCUUUCUGGUUUCUUGGACCUGCAGAAGCAUUACUUUAGUGUGAGCUGCUGCUCCCAAAUUGUAUAUAUGUUUUUUUUACUAAAAAAAAAAAAUUGUUGUGGACAUAU